AUGGCCGGGCCGGGGCUGCCGGGGCUGGCGCUGGUGCUCGCGGUGCUGCUGCCGCUGCCGCCGCCGCCGGGGCUGCCGCUCCCGCCGGAGAACGCUGCCCCGUCCCUCUGCCCCCCGGACCAGUUCCAGUGCGCGCCCGGCGAGCGCUGCUUCGCCCGGGACUGGCUCUGCGACGGCCACCCCGACUGCGAGGACGAGGAGGACGAGCAGGACUGCGGGACCGCGACCCCGGCGGAGCCGAGUCCCGGCGGCCCCGCGCUGACCUCGCCCUGGAGCUCGGCGGGGCCGCCCGCCGGCAGCGCAGAGGCUUCAGCUACUCCUGAGCCUGGGGUCUCUGUGCCAUCGAGGAGUCAAGGUUACACGUGGAUCUUGAUUGUUGCAGGGCUCCUGAGCAUCCUGGUAGCUGCGAGUUCUGUUGCUGUGUGGGGCCUGUUCAAAGCAAAAAGCCGAUCUAACACUGUCAAUCUCGAAAAAGCAUCCAGGGAACAGCUUAUGUCUGACAAGAGCCAGACAGGCUCCUUUCCCUGAAGGGGAUCUUUAUACUGAGGUGACGAGGUGGGACUGGCCUGGUCUCUCUCGUGCUCACCACACAGCCUGACUGAAUUGGACAUCAGCUCAAAUCUGGGUUGUUACACUGAAUACCAAGAGGAUGCUCCCUUUGGAAAUAGGUCUUAGACUGUGGGACUACUUUGGCUCUGGAAAUAGCACAGGAUCUUCCCUGGCACUGUGAAAUCAGCCCCCACAAAGGUGGUAGGAAUGUCUUCGUUGUUCUGAGCUCCAGUUGUUAAUGCUGAUUCCCACCAGCGUGGCCUUGGACACAAAGAUGUUUUUCUCUGUGAAAUGCCAGGUGCUGUUCACUGGUUCCCUCCACUCCCAGCCAAAAGCCUUUUUUCACCUGCUCCAUUCUUCCCCCUGGAUUUUGUCAGGGAAUAGGGGCUUCCUAACCCAUUUCCAUAGGAGCUCACUGACUCUGCACAGGCCAGACAAAUAUUCCAUGUUUGCACUAGUGUUUGAUGCUGCUCAGUUCCACAAUAGGUGGCUUUUACUGACGGUUCCACCAUGGGAUGACAGUUAAAAUCUUUCUGUUUGCUCUCGCUUUGCUGUGCUGUCACCUGGACCAGUGUGGGGCCAGGAGCUCCUUGGCCCCCAGGCAGGCAGCUCCUCACACACUCCCUCACACAAACAUCUCCACUCUUUACUGACCUGCUCUGCCCACCCCGGUGCUGAACGCUGGCUGUGGCUCCUCUAACACUGUUAAUGGUGCCUUCCUUAAAACUGUUCUGACAUGAGUGGUGUCUCUUGGGGGUCUGUACUGGGGCCAGUGCUAGUCCAUGUCUUCAUCAGUGGUGUGUAGAGUGGGAUCAAGGGGACCCUCAGCUAGUGUGAGGAUGAGACCAGGCUGCAGGGUGCAGCUGGGAGAGGGGUUUGUCAUCCAGAGAGACCCUCAGGCCCAUGGGAACUUCAUGAAGGUCGAUAAGGUCAAGUGCAAGGUCCUGCACCUUCAUCAGGGCAACUGCUGGAGAAGAGACAGCUCCCUGAGACUGUGCUGUGUCUUGUCCAUGUCUAAAGGGGGGUUGUAAGAUAGAUGGAGAGAGGCUUUUCUCCAAGGUCUGUACUGACAGGACAGGGGGCAGCAGUUACAAACUGACAGAGGUUGGGUUUAGGUGGGAGAAGAGGAAGGAAGGUCUUAUGGUGAGGGUGGUGAGGCUCUGGCACAGGUUGCCCAGGGCAGCUGUGGCUGCCCCAUCCCUGGGGCCAAGUUGGACAGGGCUCUGAGCACCUUGGUCUAGUGAAGGUGUCCUUUGAAAUAAGCCAUGUGGAAUAAGCCAUGUCUUGGGUCAGACACUGUGUGUGGCACAUGGAGCUCCAGCCAAAGGGCUCAGUGCUGUGUGUCUUGGAACUGGCUGUGCAGGGGCAGAUUAGUGCCUGGUGCCCUUGGGCCACGUGCACCUUGCACAAAUGUUCACUGAGUGCACAAAGCUGCUGCCUUGGCUGCUGAACUCUGUGCCUUGAGGGUGGGAACUUGUCUUGCCAAGCAGACACCAGUCAUCAGCCUUGGAGCAGGGAUCUUCCACUCCUGGAUAGCGUGUGAGCGCUGCCAUACCCCAUGGGAGAAACUUCUAAAUGUGGUGUGGAGUCCUGAGUUAUUCCAGGGCUGCUAUUUUUAGUACCAAGGAGUCAUUUGCAAGGGCGCACAACCUUUCUGUUUCCAUAGGGACAGGUGGAAAUAGCUGUGGUAACUGACACAGGAGAAUAAAGAAUGUGAAACUAA